CCUUUAACGGCUCGUUGUAGCUCCAAUAGCUUGGUUUCACGUGACGUCACACCGUUGCGUUCCUUUGGCGCGAAAUUCCAUUGGAGGUCAGGAAGUAAUUUUCUACAGAGGAUCUAGCUGCUGUUACCAUUGUGAAAAUGCCGGUGUGUUGUGUAGUUUACGGUUGUUCCAAUCGAUCCGGCCGAGAGAAAAACAAGAGGUUUUACCGAGUGCCGAAGGUUGUCGUCCAUAAAGCUGAGCAAUUUAAGAAGCUAACCGAAGAACGCCGGAAAAAAUGGCUUUCAAACCUACAUCUGCGGUCGGGAGGAGCAGAGUCGUCUAAUGCACGGGUCUGCAGCGACCACUUCAUCAGAGGGUGCGCUUUGGGUGACGUUGAGUCGGUAGACUGGGCUCCCACUGUUAGCCUCGGUUACCACACAACAAGUAAGCCCAGAUCAGAGGCAUCUCUUCGACGAGAGCAGAGGAUGGAGCUCAAGGAAGACCAACAAAGACAAUCAGAAUGUGCAGAGGCUUUGUUGGAUCUCCUGCAGACAACCGAGAGCCCAGAACCGACGCAGCCCCCGUCUGACAGCCCACAACCAGAGGACACCAGUGGGAUAUUAAAUGACCAACAAGAUGCAGGAUGCCAGACUGAUUUAACGAUGGAGGACAUCGAGAGGAUGGAGGAUGUUCUGAGACAGAACACAACAGAGCUGGGAGAUCUUCGGACAAAGGCACUGGACACAAAGUUCAACCAGGAGUCCUUUGAGAACAACGAAGAGAAAACAAAGUUUUACACCGGGCUCCCCAACUUCUUAGUUUUACUUCAGGUUUUUCAACUGUGCGAGCCCUACAUCACCUGUGGCCCUAUGUCUGUGCUCUCCAAAUUUGAACAGUUCAUUUUAGUUUUGCUGAGGCUGAGACUAAAUCUCCCUCUGAAAGAUUUGGCUUUCAGGUUCAACAUCUCUCUCUCCACUGCUUCUAGAAUUUGGCAUAAGUUAAUUGACAUACUUCACGAGAGUACAGAAUUUAUAAUUGAGUGGCCAGAGCGACAUGUACUUCAAGCUACAAUGCCAAUGGGAUUCAGACAGGCAUUUGGAUGUAGAGUUGCUGUGAUUGUUGACUGUUUUGAAGUUUUUAUUGAGAGGCCCUCUAAUUUACUAGCUAGAGCACAAACAUGGUCCAACUACAAGCAUCACCAUACUGUUACAUUUCUGAUUGGUGUUGCUCCCCAAGGCUAUGUUACCUACAUAUCUUGUGCCUGGGGAGGAAGAGUUAGUGAUAAACAGAUCACAAUACAGAGUGGGCUCCUAAAAAACCUGUUACCUGGAGAUAUUGUCCUAGCAGACCGUGGGUUCGAUAUUGCCGAUAGUGUGGGAUUUUACUGUGCUUCACUAAAGAUGCCUGCAUUCACCAGGGGGAAAAGUCAGCUGUCAGCAUACGAGGUGGAAGAGACAAGAAAAAUAGCUAAUGUGCGUAUUCAUGUUGAAAGAGUCAUAGGAUUAGUCAGAAGAAAAUAUCAGAUUCUGCAAAGCAGGGCGGUGCCCAUAGAGCACAUGCUAACAAAACCAGGUGAGGCACUAGCAUUAAUUGACAAGAUUGGGGUUAUUUGCUGUGCCUUGUCUAAUCUGUCAGUGUCUGUCGUCCCAUUGGAGUAAAGUCAUGGAGCUGUAGUCUUGUAAAUAAGAAACCAUGUAUUAUUCAGUAUCAUUUAAUCUUUUCAGUAAACAUCUUUUUGUGUUGAAAA